AUGUCUUCAUCUAAUUAUGUCAAGGACGAGAAAGUCCUUUGCUUCCACCAUGAAAUCCUCUACGACGCCAAAAUCAUGGAAGUGCGCCACCAAGACGAGAAGAAGAACGGACCCCUGGAGUUCCUGGUCCACUACAAAGGUUGGAAAAACACCUGGGACGACUGGGUCUUCGAAGACCGGCUUCGCAAAAUCAACGAAGAAAACCGUGAACUUCAGACCAUCAUCCGCCGCGAUGCGGAGGCUUCACUUCGACAGAGGAAUGCCAAGCCUAACAAGAACAAGCGGACGCUCUCUGAUCGUGGCUCGGUGCGAGACAGCGAGGAGCGCGGCAGUUCAGUUCCUGGGCGAGGCAACAAGCGCGCCAAGGGUGACAGCGAACUCGAGAAGGAAGAAGCUUUCCAUGCGCGCCCGUCCAUCCGCAUCCCGAUGCCCGACAAUCUCAAGGCUUACAUCGUCGACGACUGGGAGCACGUUACCAAGAACAACUGCGUCGUCAAGCUUCCUGCUGAAAAUACCGUCCGCAUGAUUUUCCAGGACUACCGUGAUGAAGAGGCCCCCAAGCGCUCGGGCUACCGUCUUGAUGUCGAUAUCCUCGACGAGAUCAUCGCCGGUAUGCUGGAGUAUUUCGACGUCAUGCUUGACACCAUUCUUCUCUACCGCAUUGAACGUCCUCAGUACCGUAUCCUCCGCGAGAAGUUCAAGCCGCUCCGCCCCAAGCAGGGUCCGAUCGAUGUGUACGGUGCUGAGCACCUCAUCCGUUUGUUCAGUCUUCUUCCGGAACUCCUCGCCCAAACGAACAUGGACCUCCGUGGCACCCAGCGUACCCGUGAUGAGCUUGCCAAGUUCGCUCUGUGGCUGAGCAAGAACUCGGAGAAGUACUUCCGCACCGAGUACAUUCCUGUCGAGGAGUCGUACGCAGACGACCCCGAGGCUCGCUUUCCUAAGAAUGCCACCAAGACGAAGUCGCCCAAGGCCACCAAGGCCUCAAAGUAG